AUGACAUACCCAGAAAGGAAAGCUUUUGUGUCUAGAAUAACAAAUGAGACAAAAAUUCAGAUAGCCAUAUCCUUACAUGGGGGGCAUAUCUCAAUCCCAAAUUCUAUACUGGAUAGACCGGAGUCGGACGUUGCAAAACAAGCUACUGGUUCACAGAUUAUUGACAUUCAAACUGGUAUUGGAUUUCUAGAUCAUAUGAUUCAUGCCCUAGCGAAGCACUCUGGUUGGUCCUUAAUUGUCGAAUGUAUCGGAGAUUUGCAUAUCGAUGACCACCAUACUACGGAGGAUUGUGGUAUUGCUCUAGGACAGGCUUUUAAAGAAGCAUUAGGUCAUGUCCGUGGUGUGAGAAGAUUUGGUACUGGAUUUGCACCAUUGGACGAAGCAUUAUCAAGGGCCGUCGUUGAUCUAUCCAACAGACCAUUCGCCGUAAUAGAUUUGGGUUUAAAAAGAGAAAAAAUCGGUGAUCUUUCAUGUGAAAUGAUACCACAUUUCUUGGAGUCAUUUGCGGAAGCUGCAAGAGUAACUUUACAUGUUGACUGUUUAAGAGGCUUUAAUGAUCAUCACAGAAGUGAGUCAGCCUUUAAGGCUCUUGCUGUGGCUAUCAGAGAGGCUAUUUCCAGUAACGGUACAAAUGACGUUCCAUCUACCAAAGGAGUUUUGAUGUAA